AUGGAUAAUUAUCAACCAACCAAUCCAUAUCAGUCGCGACCAUGUCAGCAACUCAUUUUUCUUCCGAAAAUUUGCAAAUGUGAGGACGUUGAGUUUCAGUUCGCUGAAUGGGGUAAGAUGGUGCAGACUGUGCAAAAGGUUGACGAGCCGCAGUUUCUAGCACCGAAUCGAAGAGCGGUGCAGGAGUUUAACUCAAGGCUGGUACGCACCAAUAUUCGACAUCUGAUAAAGCUUCUUGAACUAUGA